AUGCGCAAGGCUCUACAUGACUUUACGAUUGCCUCCCACCUCACUCCCACCUGUUCCCAGCCUCAGUUCAAACUCUGUUCCCAGCUCCAGUUCCCUGUUCCUGUUCCCACCCCAGCCCACCUGUUCCCCCUGUUCAGCCCAGCCUGUUCCCACCUCACCAGCCCCCACUCCACCUCCACUCCCCACCCAGCUCCCUGUCUCCACCCAGCCUGUUCCAGCCCUCUGUUCCCAGCCCCACCCCCCAGCCCUGUUCAGCCCCCAGCCCUGUUCCUCCUGUUCCAGCUGUUCCCACCUGAGUUCCCACCCCAGCCCUGUUUCCUGUUCAGCCCCACUCCACCCCACCAGCCCCCACCUGUUCCACCCAGCCCUGUCUCCCUGUUCCCCACUCUGUUGUUCCUGUUCCACCCCUGUUCAGUCUCCCCAGCUCCCACCCCAGCCUGUUCCCACCCCAGCUCCACCACCCACCCCCCUGUUCCCAGCCCUGUUCCCAGCUCCUGUUCCAGCUCCCUGUUCCUGUUCCCCACCUGUCUCCUGUUCCAGCCCCACCCACCCCUGUUCCACCCCAGCUCCCACCCCAGCUCCCAGCCUCCACCCCAGCUGUUCCAGCCCUGUUCACCCCAGCCCAGCCCCACCCACCACUCCCAGCCCCACCUGUCCCCAGUCUCACUGCCCAGCUCCCAGCUCCUGCCCUCCCAGCCCCAUUCCAUGUUCCCUGCCCCACUCCAUUCAGCCCCUGUUCCGCCCCAGCCCCAUUCCCCAGCUCCCCUGGCCCCACUCCCAUUCCCACUCCAGCCCCAGCCCCCAGCUCCAUUCUCCCACUCCCCAGCCCUUCCCCACCCCCACCCCCACCCAGCUCCAUUCCCCAGCCCCACCUCAGCUCCCCCCACUCCCCGCCCCCUGUUCCACCUCCACCCCACCCAGCCCCAGCUCCCCACUCCGCCCCCACUCCCUGCCCCCACCCAGUCCCCAGCCUCCCCACCCCACCCUGUCCCAUUCCCCUGUUCCCCAGCCCAGGUUCCACCUGCCACCCACCCCCCCACCCCAGCUCCCACCCCAGCUCCACCUGUUCCCCAGCCCCACCCCCAGCCCCACCUGCCCUGUUCCACCCCACCCAGCCCCUGUUCCCCACCUCCACCCCACCUGUUCCCCAGCUCCAGCCUCCCACUCCACCCCAGCCUCUGUACCCUGUUCCCCCAGCCCACCUCACUCCCACUCCAGCCCUCAGCCCCUCAGCCUCAGCCCCAGUUCCAGCCCCACCUCACUCCAGCCCCCCUCACCUCAGCCUCAGCCUGUUUCCCAGCCCCAGCCUCCCUGCACUCCCACCCCCAGCCUCACUCACCUGUUCCAGCCCACUCCACCAGCCCCUCUGUUCCAGCCCCACCCAGCCCCACUCCCCAGCCCAGCCCUGCCCCAGCUCCCACCAGCCUCCUGUUCAGCCCCUCCCACCUGUUCCCAGCCCACCUGUUCCACCCUGUUCCUGUUCCCACCCCACCCACCCCUGUUCCACUGUUCCUGUUCCCCACUGUUCCCCCACCUGCACCUCCACCCCACCAGUCUGCCCUGUUCUGUCCCUGUUCCCACCUGUUCAGCCCCACCCUGUUCCAGCCCCUGUUCCCCACCUGUUCCUGUUCCUGUUCCCACCCAGCCUGUUCUGUUCCACCUGUCUCCCACCCCUGUUCCCACCUGUUCCCACUCCCCACCUGCUCCACUGUUCCUCACCCCUGUUCCUGUUCCUGUUCCACCCCAGCUCCCACCCCAGCCUGUUCACCCCACCUCACCCCUGUUCUCAGCCUCCCACUCACUCCACCCUGUCUCACCCCAGCCUCACCCCUGUUCAGCCCCAGCCCCACCCACCCCACCCCACCCCAGCUCCCAGCCCACCAGUUCUGUUCCCACCCCAGCUCCCACCCCAGCUCCACCUGUUCCCCACCCCAGCCCUGUUCCCUGUUCAGCUCCUGUUCCUGUUCCCACCUGUCCCUGUUCCCACGUUCUGUUCAGCUCCCACCACCCCACCCCAGCCCUGUCUGUUCCUGUUACCCACUGUUCCACCCAGUCUGUUCCCUGUCUGCAGCCCCCAGUCUCCUGUUCCUGUUCCUGUUCCACCCCACCCCUGUUCCACCCACCCCACCAGCUGUUCCCACCCAGCCCCUGUCUGUUCAGCCCCAGUUCACCCUGUUCACCCCUGUUCAGCCCCACCCCAGCUCCACCCACCCCUGUUCCCACCUGCCCACCCCACCCCUGUUCUGUUCCCACUCCCUGUUCCACUGUGCCACCAUCCCUGUUCACUCCCCACUCCCACCAGCUCCACCAGCCCUGUUCACCACUCCACCCCUGUUCAGCUCCCACCCAGCCUCAGCCUCCAGGCCUCCAGCUCCCACUCCACUCCCCUGUUCAGCUUAUUUAGCUAGCUUUUAA